AUGCAGCGAAUGACCACUUCAUUCGAACAACGUAUGCCAAAUUGGAUUAUAGAACAUAAAUUAACAAAAGAGCAAAUAAUAGCAACUAUUAGUUCAUGGCUUACAAGGCAUUGCACAAAAAUUGCUGUUUUUUCACGUACAAAUUUAUCUUUGAAAUCUUUUUUUUUUGUGAAGGAUUUUNAUGUUUUGUCCUUACAAUAUUAA